AUGCCUCCACACAAGCCCGCCGCAAUAUCACAACAGCAUGUGGGGCGUGUAGGAGACGUAGGUCCAAGGUGCGUGCUUCUGAUCAAUUCUGCGCAGGGAGAUGGGUUCCAAUCAGGGCAAUGCGACGAAAACACUCCAUGCUCAGCUUGUGUGGCAAAGCAAACAGAAUGCAUCCGCGACCACGCUGAGGAUGGCCGACGCAGAUUGGCCUGGAAACGCAAAGUUGAGGAGCUGGAAUCGGACAGCAGGUCUUUACCUGAUCUCCUGGCUGCCAUACGGAGCGGGGAGGAAGGUCAAGUUGACAAGCUCGUCGCCUUCAUACGCAGCCAAGCCUCACAGGAUGAGGUCAUUGAUUAUGUUGCAGUCAACUUCACACCCCCUGCUGCUCCCCUCGAACAUGAAGAGGGACGCAGCAAACCGUCAACCCGUCAACAAUCCCCUUUGUCUCAGCAGCCUCGCCUCCCAAGGUCUUUGCAGUUCCUCCAACCGCUCGUCUUAGUACCCGCAAAGCCCUGGACAACCGUCACGGACGACGACGAACUAGUGUCCCACCUGAUAUCUUUAUGGUUCACAUGGCGCCAUUGGUGCUACCCCUUUAUUGAAAAGGACGGAUUUGUCAGUGCCAUGCAAUCCAUGGAUGUCAACAGUGGUGUUUGCACACCAGCCUUGGUCAACAUGAUCCUUGCAGAUGCUUGUUUCGAUUAUGAUAUACCUGAUGGUGUCCACUCCAUCUCGUCUAGCGAAAAGCCACUUCGAGAAUUGUUCUUCGAGGAAGGAAGACGGCAUAUGGAAAUUCCAGAAAGCAAGAGGUCGGUGCCGGCCAUUCAAUCUCUGAGUUUGGAAUGGAUGUAUCUUGGGAGCAGCGGCUUCGACUCCAUGUCUGUUGCCGUUAUGCACGAAGUAGUCUAUCGUGUCAGGCAGCUGGAUAAGCCCGGCAAAACAGAUCGAUGGAAGCGUCGAUUCUCAGCUGAACAAGCUACUCGAGCAGAGAAGACCCUUGGCUAUACUACGUGGGCAUCCUUUGUUUCAACAACAGCGGUUACUUUUGCAAUGCGAAAAGCACCAUUAAUGGGGCCGCCUGAUCGAGCAAGGCCUGGUUUAUGUCAUGGGGAGCCUGGCGAAUUGUGGAUACCAUAUCCGUUGGACAAUCCGUCUGUUGUUGCUCAUGCCGAUUGUCACCUCCAUUGUCUGGGAAGAUUGUUCGAGAUCUGUUAUAGUAUCAGCGAGUAUCUCUUCACUAAGGACGACAAUGCGUUCUUCAUCCAGGACACAUUGGAGGAUCUUCAUCGCGAGUUAACGUUGUGGUAUGAUGGUCUGAUUGGUUGCCUUCGGAUCGAUGCUGUCAAAUCGCCGCAUACAUUAAGCGUACACGCUCAGUAUCAUUGGUCCGUAAUGGUCCUCUCAGAGCUGAGCUUCUCGUCUAAGCUGGACGAUGGGGACGACGCUACAGUCGCCUUGCUAGUGACGGUCAUACAGGCCCAACACAUGGCCGCUGCACUUGCCAUAGCAGAGCUCGUACACCGCCAGUGCAUCCACUGGGGCGUGGGUCAUCUCCCUACCAGUUUCUUACAACCGAUCAAUGCUGCCAUACACGUCAUCACCAGCGACCUCGAGGCUGCAGAGCAUAGGUCAGCAUUUGUCAAGCUCGCCAUAGGACUCCACAGCCUCGCACGAAGAUCUGUCUCGGCAGAGAGUGUGCUCCGCAUGUUAAGGCUACGACUACGUCAGAAACGGCUUAUGGCUUCUUCGGAUAUCGACCGACUCUUCAAUGAGGCCUCCCAACAUUGGGAAGCGAGUCUGUGGAGCCCUACACCGAUGAAAAGAGACAGCUUAGCCAUCACCAGCAACGAAAGCGUCAUCGAUGGCGAAUACAAAGACGGGAACUUGUCGCAACUGGAUGGUGCUGGCACAUCUGAUGAGGGAUACGACUUGCUAAUUGGGAAGUGGAACAACUUCAACCUCGGCGCCCAGUCAAGCAGUAGCUCCUCAUCAAGUUGA